GAUAGUCCCUGGUCAUGGAGCUGGCAGACGAGCUGCUCAAUGGGAGCCGCUUCUCCCCAUCUCCGCUGGACGCUGACGGGUGGGUGGCGGCCACCAACGGCUCCAACCUAACAGAGCCCUACUAUGACACGGCCAGCAACGCAGUCCUCACCUUCAUCUACUUUGUGGUCUGCAUCGUGGGCCUGUGCGGCAACACGCUGGUCAUCUACGUCAUCCUCCGCUACGCCAAGAUGAAGACCAUCACCAACAUCUACAUCCUCAACCUGGCCAUCGCCGAUGAGCUCUUCAUGCUGGGGCUGCCCUUCCUGGCCAUGCAGGUGGCGCUGGUGCACUGGCCGUUCGGCAAGGCCAUCUGCCGCGUGGUCAUGACGGUGGAUGGCAUCAACCAGUUCACCAGCAUCUUCUGCCUGACGGUCAUGAGCAUCGACCGCUACCUGGCCGUGGUGCACCCCAUCAAGUCCGCCAAGUGGAGGCGACCACGGACUGCCAAGAUGAUCAGCCUGGCUGUAUGGGGGGUCUCGCUGGUGGUCAUCCUGCCCAUCAUGAUCUACGCUGGGCUCCGGAGCAACCAGUGGGGGCGGAGCAGCUGCACCAUCAACUGGCCCGGGGAAUCGGGGGCCUGGUACACCGGCUUCAUCAUCUACGCCUUCAUCCUGGGGUUCCUGGUGCCCCUCGCCAUCAUCUGCCUCUGCUACCUGUUCAUCAUCAUCAAAGUCAAGUCCUCGGGCAUCCGGGUGGGCUCCUCCAAGAGGAAGAGGUCGGAGAAGAAGGUCACCCGCAUGGUGUCCAUCGUGGUGGCCGUCUUCAUGUUCUGUUGGCUCCCCUUCUAUAUCUUCAACGUCUCCUCCGUGUCCGUGGUUAUCAGCCCCACGCCCGCCCUGAAAGGCAUGUUCGAUUUCGUGGUCAUCCUCACCUACGCCAACAGCUGCGCCAACCCCAUCCUCUACGCCUUCUUGUCCGACAACUUCAAGAAGAGCUUCCAGAAUGUUCUCUGCCUGGUCAAGAUGAGCGGCCCGGACGACGGGGAACGGAGUGACAGCAAGCAGGAGAAGUCCCGGCUGAACGAGACCACCGAGACGCAGAGGACCCUCCUCAACGGAGACCUCCAAACCGCUAUCUGAAGGGCCUGCGAAGAUCAAAUCCUCACAAGGCCAAGCUCGGGGCCG